AUGUCAGCGGACAUGUACAACAGGGGUUUGCAUCAUAGUAUUGGUACUAUUAAUUACAGGAAUAAACACAUCGACAAGGAUAUCAUUCAAUCAAGGGGAAAAGUUUUCAGCACAACUACUGAAACUCCAACCACUACAACAACCACUGAGGCACCAACAACUACCACUACAGAAGCCUUGACCACUACUACUGAAGCACCAACAACUACCACAACUACUGAAACUCCAACCACUACAACAACUACACAGGCACCAACAACUACCACUACAGAAACCUUGACCACUACUACUGAAGCACCAACAACUACCACAACUACUGAAACUCCAACCACUACAACAACUACACAGGCACCAACAACUACCACUACAGAAGCCUUGACCACUACUACUGAAGCACCAACAACUACCACAACUACUGAAACUCCAACCACUACAACAACUACACAGGCACCAACAACUACCACUACAGAAGCCUUGACCACUACUACUGAAGCACCAACAACUACCACAACUACUGAAACUCCAACCACUGCAACAACUACACAGGCACCAACAACUACCACUACAGAAGCCUUGACCACUACUACUGAAGCACCAACAACUACCACAACUACUGAAACUCCAACCACUACAACAACUACUGAGGCACCAACAACUACCACUACAGAAGCCUUGACCACUACUACUGAAGCACCAACAACUACCACAACUACUGAAACUCCAACCACUACAACAACUACACAGGCACCAACAACUACCCCAACAACUACCACAACUACUGAAACUCCAACCACUACAACAACCACUGAGGCACCAACAACUACCACUACAGAAGCCUUGACCACUACUACUGAAGCACCAACAACUACCACAACUACUGAAACUCCAAGCACUACAACAACUACACAGGCACCAACAACUACCACUACAGAAGCCUUGACCACUACUACUGAAGCACCAACAACUACCACAACUACUGAAACUCCAACCACUACAACAACCACUGAGGCACCAACAACUACCACUACAGAAGCCUUGACCACUACUACUGAAGCACCAACAACUACCACAACUACUGAAACUCCAACCACUACAACAACCACUGAGGCACCAACAACUACCACUACAGAAGCCUUGACCACUACUACUGAAGCACCAACAACUACCACAACUACUGAAACUCCAACCACUACAACAACUACACAGGCACCAACAACUACCACUACAGAAGCCUUGACCACUACUGCUGAAGCACCAACAACUACCACAACUACUGAAACUCCAACCACUACAACAACUACACAGGCACCAACAACUACCACUACAGAAGCCUUGACCACUACUACUGAAGCACCAACAACUACCACAACUACUGAAACUCCAACCACUACAACAACUACACAGGCACCAACAACUACCACUACAGAAGCCUUGACCACUACUACUGAAGCACCAACAACUACCACAACUACUGAAACUCCAACCACUACAACAACCACUGAGGAACCAACAACUACCACUACAGAAGCCUUGACCACUACUGCUGAAGCACCAACAACUACCACAACUACUGAAACUCCAACCACUACAACAACUACACAGGCACCAACAACUACCACUACAGAAGCCUUGACCACUACUACUGAAGCACCAACAACUACCACAACUACUGAAACUCCAACCACUACAACAACCACUGAGGCACCAACAACUACCACUACAGAAGCCUUGACCACUACUACUGAAGCACCAACAACUACCACAACUACUGAAACUCCAACCACUACAACAACCACUGAGGAACCAACAACUACCACUACAGAAGCCUUGACCACUACUGCUGAAGCACCAACAACUACCACAACUACUGAAACUCCAACCACUACAACAACUACACAGGCACCAACA